AUGAGGACCCUGCUCUGGGCCGCCGCUCUCGCCGUCGCGAUGGCUUUGAGAGACGUGACUGAAAAUGACAAAAGGCUGGCGUGGCUGAAGGAGGAAGCAGGCCUUGGACACCGUCGAUCUCAAGGGAAGGAGAGGCGUUACAACGACUGUGGAUCUGUGUACUGGCUCAAACCCGGCGAGUGUGUUACCGUCACGUCUCCUAACUUCCCCCAAGGUUACCCCAAGGAUUCCAGGUGUCUGUGGGUGUUCGAGGGAAUCGAGUCAGCGACCAAAAUCACGAGCUGUUGCAAGACCCUCCAUCUGCAACAGAGCCGCAAUUGCAAGCAGGAUAGGCUGAUCAUUAGCGACGGGGACGGACGCAAGGGAAAGUUCUGCGGGCGCAAGAGGGGCGGCCUCGCGUGGGAGAGUGAGACGGGGUGGCUCAGUCUGUUCUUCAGGUCCAACAGGCGCGGCCAAAGACGUGGCUUCACCUGCAACGUCUGUGCUUCAGCCUGCGGGCGUAAGAACACCCCGCCCACGCUCACUCGCAUCAUCGGGGGAGCGCCGACGUACCCGCUAGAAUACCCGUGGCAAGUGGGCAUCACCAAACCCCUGCACAUGAGGCCCUACUGUGGCGGGUCUAUUAUCUCUGACACGUGGAUCCUGACAGCUGCUUACUGCAAUGUCCAAGUUGAUGACGUGGUGUUGAUCGGAGCGCACAACUGGUGCCAGUGCCAACCGCCUCCUCUGCGCAUUACGGUCAAGCAGAAUGCACGCAGCUCCCCAUCCCGCACCGCAAAAUACACCCUGACCUCCCAUCACGCACACCAACAGCCUACCCUCUCGCUCCCAACCCACUCAUACGAACGAGCCUCUUCACGACAGGUGUACAAUAGCCCAAACUACAACCAGUACACCCGAGACAGUGACAUCGCUCUCCUCGAAGUCUCCCGCGAGAUUCCCUUCCCGGAGGACAACAGCAUCGCCCCGGUUUGUCUUCCCUACCUGAACCUCUACAACGUGAGCGCCAUCGCCACCGGCUGGGGCGUUACUGAUCCCGAGGGAAAGCGCUCGUGUGUGCUUCGCGACGCGGAUAUCCCGACCAUGAACUACGCCGCGUGCAGCCAAUGGUGGCCCGGAAAAAUCACCGCCAGCAUGAUGUGUGCGGGCAUCGACGUCAAGGGAACGUGCGCGAACCGGAGCUAUAUAAGGGAUUGCAGAGCUAAGUUGCAUGAGUCGUUGAAAGUACAGACGAGUGUUAGGAACAAAGUUCAUAAGGAUUCAGUUGUAUUCAAGUGUUCGUUGGUUACUCGUAUUUCAGAAUUAAAUACUGUAAGCAUGGAUUACCCGACGAAGGAAAAGCUGCAUCUGGUCGAACACUCAGUCACUCCCGCCCCAGGAUCCUCAGAGGCGUCAGCAGAGAAACCCGAAGAAGCAAAUAACUGCUGUUUCUGCUGCAGUUAUCGGGCGGGCAGCAUCAGCAUCGCCAUCUUCUAUCUAGUGGUGCACUUAUGUGCCUUAGGCUUUGUAAUCGAUGUCCUCUGCAGUGUGGGUGUGAGAAACAUUGGCGCAUUUGGUAUUGUCACACUUAGUAUGAUGACAAUUUCAGUAGUCCUUAUCUCCUUGAUGUUAUACGGUGCCGUAAAGCGCCGUCACCAGUACCUCCUAGCCUGGUCUGUGUGGGAGCGCCUAAACAUCGGCCUCGGAACGGCGAGUGUGGUCAUCAGUCUCUUCUUCUUGGGCGCCUUUGGACUCGUGGGCUUCAUUUUCAUUGGUCUCCGAAUCUUAUGCCUUUACGUCGUUCUGCAGUACCGUGGCCAGCUGAUGGCCCAGCCUCCGAAGUCAGAGGGCAACGCCCAGGCCUAAUUUACGAAGAUGCAGCCUCCUUUUCCUCCCACGCUGGGCUUCAGGAAAUUUGUGAAACCUCUAGGGUUUCAUUAUAUAUAUAUGUGUGUAUGUGUUUGUAAAUUGUUUGUUUUUGUAAUGUUAUAAUUGUUUUUUGUAUUCCUUAUGGAAUAAAAUAUAU